UGCCACUCACCCAGCUCUGAGAUCCCAAAAGCAACAUUUGACAUGUACAUACAACUUACUAAGGACGCCUUCCAAGCCCUUGGAGUCUCAUCAAGUUCUGUGAAUGCCAUUGGAAACUUAACUGAGACAGAUUUCCCGAUAGAAAAAGUCCGCAAGCUCGAGGAUGAGAUCAGGAAAGAACUUCAGGCAGAAAUCACAUUUCUUAAAGAACAAGUAAAAGAUGAGUUGAUGAGCAUGAGGUCUGAUGUCGCAGAAGCAAACCAGGAGCGGCGGGAUGAGGCAGAACAAACAGUGACGGAGAUAAAAGAAGAGAUUCAACAACUGAAACACCAGUUGCAAGAGCAAAAUAAAGAGAGGAAAAAGGAGACGUCAGAUCAUAAAGAAACUAUCAGGUCUGAUAUCGCAGAAGCAAACCAAGCUAGAGAGAAAGAGGCAACAUUAGCAGCCCAAGAAAGAAAGGAAGUGAUACAGGAGAUUCGUGACUUAAGCAAAGAGUUGGAGUUGGCAAAACCAUCCGUAGCCACAAAAGAAAUGAGUCAGAAACUUGUUGAAUUGAAUCAAAAGUUGGAGGACAUCACCAUAAAGACUACGAAACAAGAGUCUAAUCCCAUUCUACCAAAAUCAAAUCUUCCUUCAAUGGUUCCUUACUUCACUGGGCGCGACAAAGAGUGCAACGACGUCAUUGCACACGCGACCAACGAAGCCACUCGCCUCGUUUCCAUUUGGGGCUCGCCGGGUUUCGGAAAAACGUCGACUGCAAUCGCUGAAGGACAUCGCCUCCAAGCACAAGGCCUGUCGAUAUACUUUGUUUCGUUACGUGGGAUGAGGUUAAAAAGUGAUCUGACAUCGAAAUUUCUUGGCUUGUUUACACAACCCGUGCCAGCAUCCCAGCGUUUGACGGCAGAUGACGAACUUUGCCGGAUUUUCGCUCAGAUUCCAAAUCGCUGCAUUUUCAUCCUUGAUAAUGCUGAUGAUCUUUUUGAAAGUGACCUUCCGAACGUGAAAGAGGACGCUGUUACUUUAAUUGAAGAACUUCUCAAUCGCAGCGAUAAGGUUACGUUUCUUCUCACCACAAGAGAAUCCUGUGAAUUUUUGAAUCUGCGUAUCAAAGGACAUCAUGCUCUAAGAAUAAGAGAGUUGGACGAGCAAUCCUCUUCAGAUCUUGUCCAGGAAUUGCUUCCAGAAGCGAGCAAGUCUGAUAGAUUAAAAGUUGCACAGAUUUGCGGGAGCGUACCAUUGGCCAUGAAGUUGUUGUGUUGCUCGAUUUCGGGAGAUAACACCGGGACACUAGCUCGGUCUCUUGACAUGUUUUUGAAAACUACAGAUGAUAUUCUGGCAAUGUUGGACAACCCCGACUAUCCCAGCAAUCUGAGGCUGAAGUCUCUUUUUGACGCUUCGUUUCAGAGACUUUCUGCAGAGGAAAGAGAGGCACUGGUCUCAUUUUGCAUUCUCCCCGAACACUUUGACCUGGAGGCCGCAUCAGCUGUUUUAGGAAUUAAAACAAGCCACGCCUCAAGAGUUCUGCAGAGACUCCAGAGAAAGUCCCUCAUUGAUUCUAGUUCGAAAGCCGAGAAAUAUUGCAUCCAUAAACUCAUACUGUCAUUUGUACAGAAAAAAGGGGAAAGCGACAUGAAAGACACGCUCUUGAACUCCAAAGUGCGCUUUUUCGAAUUGUACAUUUCCUUAUUUGAAACGCUCACAAAAAAGUUUCUGGCAGGAUAUUCCAUGUCAGCUUUUCUAGAGUUUUUUCAAAAUGAGGAAAGUUUCGUUCAUAGUCUAAUUGACGGUUGUCUUGAGGAAAGAACAGUCGAUAAAGUUUGCAAUGUUUUGACUAUAGCUGAGAUGUAUCUCUCCUUUCUUUAUUGGAUAGAUGAUGCUCUGUUUGGAAUUAUUUACGAGACAGCAAUAAAGGCAGCCACUGAUCACGAUAGGCAUAGCUCUGUCCACAAACGACUGCUUCUGUCGAAAGCUUAUGGUAGCUUAGUUAUUGGCGCAACUGGAGAGACCAAGAGGCUGCUGUUGGAGGCUAAACAAAUUCGGUUGACUGUUCCUAUUCGUGACACAGAACUAGAAGGAAAACUCUUGAGUUACAGGGGAUUGUACAAAUUCUUCAUCGGGAAAACUAAAGAAGGAAUGAAGCUUUUAGAAAACGCCAUUUCGUCAAUGGAAACCAUUCCAAUGCACAGAAUCCUAAAGCUCAUUAUUCUCCAAGUUCUUGCUCUUUAUCACAGUCUCAAAUGUGACCCGUUAAAGUCAGCGGACUUUUACAAAAGAGCCGUCAAUGAAUGCAAAGCAGUUGGGGACACAGGGCUGAUGGUGAUCCCGGAGAUCGAUGAAACUAGGGGACAUGAAGUCAGAAAAAACCUAAACGAAACGAGCCUGACUCAUAACCAGCCACUUCAAACGGAAGUUAUCAUUCUCGUAAGUCGAGCGAUAAAGAACAUCUCCACUGAUAAAACCAAGCAAUCCUUCUCUAAUUUACUGCUGCAAAUAAUGAAGGAAUCUGAGUCAACCAUUCCAGCUGGUGCAACUGGUCGGUUCCGUUAUCAUUUCUCCGGAGUACUACUGCUCGACGAAUUGAAAGAUAACACGGACCGUCCACUUUACUACGUUGAUAUGAUUAAUUUUCAUCCUAAAAAGAAUAUAAAACAAAAUGAUGAAAAAAAAUGCAAAACCUCCUCAAAAAACAUUGAACGCACUGAAGUCAACUACGCAGAAGCCUUAGAAUCAGAAAAGCGUUCACUAAAUAUCAAAUUGAAAGUAUUGGGCGAAGACCAUUUACAAACCGCUGACAGCUAUCAUAAAGUAGGAGUUGUUCAACAUUCACUUGGAGACUUUGUCUCAGCCCUUGAGUCAAAGAAGCGUGCACUGGAUAUCCGGUUAAAGGCUCUGGGUGAAGACCAUUCACAAACCGCUGACAGCUAUGAUUCCUUAGGAGUUACUCAACAUUCACUUGGAGACUUUGUCU